GACAGUUGAUCAGACCGAACAGUAGAAAUAUCCAAUGAUUGCAAAUGGUCGAAAAAUUUUGUUAUUUUUUUACUCUAAGCACUCCUCGCGCGGGCAGUGCAUAGAGAGAGAUUCUUCAGUUGGUUCCAUUUCUUGAGUUCGUGACAAAAACAGGUUUUAAAGUGAACUCGGAUGUUUACAAAGAAAUAGCAACAAGCCCACUUCGACGCAAUAUGGGAACGAAAGAUGAUGAGUACGAUUACUUGUUCAAAGUUGUUUUGAUCGGAGAUUCUGGCGUUGGAAAAUCCAAUUUACUAUCAAGAUUUACCAGAAAAGAAUUCAAUUUGGAGUCUGAAUCGACGAUUGGUGUCGAGUUCGCCACACGAAGUAUUCAAGUCGAUAAUAAAACGAUAAAAACCCAAAUUUGGGAUACAGCUGAACGAGAAAGAUUCCGAGGGUUUAAUAGAGCGUAUUAUCGUGGUGCUGUUGGUGCUUUGAUAGUUUAUGACAUUGCCAAGCAUAUGACUUAUGAAAAUGUGGAACGCUGGUUGAAACAAAUACGAGAUCAUGCUGAUAGCAAUAUUGUCAUAAUGCUUGUUGGCAAUAAGAGUGAUUUACGACAUUUGAGGGCUGUACCCACUGAAGAGGCUAAAGCAUUUGCAGAGAAAAAUAGUCUUUCUUUUAUCGAGACUUCUGCAUUAGAUUCAACUAAUGUUGAACAGGCAUUUCAAAAUAUUUUAACAGAAAUUUACAGCAGGUUGUGACAAAAAUGUAGCUGCUGCAAAACUUGCAAUGCGUUCAUGGAAAGACAUCUUCAUGCAAAUAUUUGAAAAGGUUUUGGUUUUUCUGCCAACUUCAUAUCUUACAUAUGACAGAUUUGUUAAAUGUUUCAUCGUAAUUGGCAAGAAACUUCAAGACCAUGGACUUUUACUGAUGUAUAUAAUGUUUAAUUAUAACUUUGUGUCUAUA